GUGAUUUUAUACAGGAAGGAAUGUACAGUCAGUUCUGCAGUCAAAAACAAAGUCCAGAAACAGAUCUGCGGUAAAGCGAAAACCACUACCGGUAUCCUUUUUCUUUCUUGUCUUGAAUUCUUCACCAUGGCUUGGACAAAAUACCAACUCCUUCUCGCUGGAAUGAUGCUUAUCACAGGCUCAAUCAACACAUUAUCAGCCAAAUGGGCAGAUAACUUUUCUGCGCCAGGAUGCAAAGGAUCUACAGAACACUCCUUCUCACACCCUUUCCUUCAGGCGGUGGGCAUGUUUCUCGGGGAGCUCAGCUGCCUGGUGCUGUUCCACAUUCUCCUUUGUCAUGACAGAAGGAGCCCAGAACCGAAGAUGAACACGGGCCAGACCUUUAACCCCCUCUACUUCUUCCCGCCAGCCAUGUGCGACAUGACAGCCACCUGCAUCAUGUAUGUCGCUCUCAACAUGACCAGUGCCUCAAGUUUCCAGAUGCUGCGGGGAGCAGUGAUUGUCUUCACCGGGCUGUUAUCCGUGGCAUUCCUGGAACGGAAGCUGAUGGUCAGUCAAUGGAUCGGAAUCUUCAUCACCAUCACUGGUCUGCUGGUGGUCGGCCUGGCAGACUUUGUAAGUGGAGAAAAAGAUGAACAACACAAGCUCAGCGAAGUCAUUACAGGUGACCUCCUUAUUAUAAUGGCUCAGGUCAUAGUUGCCGUCCAGAUGGUCCUGGAGGAGAAAUUUGUUUACAAGCAUGAUGUCCAUCCUCUGCGGGCCGUGGGCACAGAAGGUUUUUUCGGCUUUGUCACCCUGUCGCUCCUGCUCAUCCCCAUGUACUACAUUCCUGCGGGUCACUUUGGCAACAACCCUCGGCAGGUCCUGGAAGAUUCCCUGGAUGCUUUCUGCCAGAUCGGCAACCAGCCCAUGAUUGUCCUGGCUCUGCUGGGCAACAUCAUCAGCAUUGCCUUCUUCAACUUUGCCGGGAUCAGCGUCACCAAGGAGAUCAAUGCCACCACGCGCAUGGUGCUGGACAGCCUGCGCACUGUGGUCAUCUGGGCAGUGAGCCUGGCUGUGGGCUGGGAGAGGUUCCAUGGGCUGCAGGUCCUAGGCUUCAUUGUCCUGCUUGUAGGGGCCGCCCUGUACAAUGGACUGCACAAGCCUGUAAUGGAAAAGAUCCCCUGCUGCGCUCGGUUCCUGGGCCAGAGCUCAAGUGAAGAAAGGCUCCUGUCAGGAAGCACAGCGUCUGUUAAUCAGGACACUUAAAUUUGGCCAUACAUAAACAUAUUUCCAAAGUUGGUCGGAGGUUUUAUAUCAUUAUUUCAACUGAUUACGUUUUUAUUAUGGUUAAUGUUUAUGUUUUAGUGAAUAUGUUUUUUUGUUGUUUUUUAGAGAAAAAUACCCACUUUACAUAUCUUUUGAACAUUUUUUUUUUUACCAAAGACCAUUUAAAAUUAACCUUCCAGACACAUUUUCCAUAUGUAAAUUAAAUUACUACAAGAAAAUUCUUAUCCACAGACUUCAAUCAGCAUGCAAUUUUUAGUUUUUAUUAAACUAAUAGGAUUAGCUCAAUCACUCGUAGUUAAAUUCUCAGAAAGGAAAAUGACACUUGCCAACAAAAACAAAUGCAGAAUGUUCUGGCUUUGGUGACGUUACAAAAAUGAGCCUUUAGAUUCAAUGCAUUUAAAAUGCUGUGGACUAAUCAAUAAUUAACAUCUAUAUCCUAGUUUUUUCUUACAAUUGAGUAUCCCAGUGCAAGUAAGUAGCGUGUAGGCAUAUGCAGGUUUUAUCAAACCAGAUUACAUAUCAUAUUAUUUUGUAUUGUGUAUUCACUACACCUUCAUAUAUACAUCAGUGCAAUUAUACUUAAGUGUUUUUACUUUUUUGCUAACUACAUGCUAGAUAGUGAUGAAAAGUACCAGACAUGAAUCUAUCACAAUUUUACACUUUAGCUAACUCAGGUACCUUUAAGCUGUAAUGCCUGUUGUGAGAUUCAAAUAGUAUAUAUAGUGUACGUGCAUUGUCUAUAUAGCAUGCCGUGUAUACAAAGUUUAAUACUUCACAGAUUAAAAACACUAUUUGUGA